AUGUUGUUCCCGCAGGAGGAGGCGCCGGCUGUCAAGCAGUGGCUCAUACGGGAGCUCGAGCCAUUAUGUGAUGCUGAUCCUGAUGUCUUGGCUGACUAUGUGCUGGCUCUCUUCAAGAACGACACCAGCGAGCCAGAACUGAUCGCGAUGUUGAACGAGCAGUUGCUCGACUUUCUCGAGGGAAACACCCAGUCGUUUGUGACCAAGGCCGUGGAAACGCUCAAAUCGCGCUCGUACGGCGCAGGUCAGACUCGCAAGCGCGACGACGACGACGAAGGUAAUACUGGCAUGGACGAAGUGACAGACACGGACACUGGCGCGAAUCCGUCCAAGCGUCAGGCUUACGCGACGGAGGGCGCCGAGGCCAUGAACGAAGACGGCACUACACCGCAAGCCCGUCCACGCCGCAUGGCGCGUGCGCCAGGCAGUAAAGGUCUGUGCCGUGACUACCACAAUUCAGGCUACUGUGCACGAGGCAACCAAUGCCGCUUCCAGCACUCUGACGACAGUAUGACGGGACCUAUGCCGCCGCCAGGCAUGUUCCCGCCAGGCAUGCCAUUUAUGCCACCAUUCCCGAUGGGCCCUGAUGGCGCUAUGCCGCCGCCAGGCAUGAUGCCGCCGCCGGAACAAAUGGCGCAGAUGAUGCAGCAUAUGCAGGCCAUGGCCGCCUCAGGCGAGAUGCCGGAUAUGAUGAUGAUGAUGGGCGGUGGCCGUGGCCGUGGUAUGCCGCGCGGCCGUGGUGGUGGACGUGGUGGACGUGGUGGCCGCGGCGGCGGUCCGCAUGCUGCGCCGGUAGCCCGCAGUGCCGACACCAUUGUGAUUGAGAAUAUACCCCCCGAGUACCUCGAUCUUGCGCAUGUGAAUGAAUACUUCAAGAAAUUUGGUACAAUUACAAAUAUCGACGUGGACGAGCCUGGCAAGAAAGCCGUUGUGACGUACGCCACACAUGCCGAGGCUGAAAACGCACACAAGAGCCCGGAUGUGAUUUUCGGGAACCGAUUUGUGAAGGUGUACUUCCAGCGCAUCGAGCGCGCGCCGCCGUCCAAGCCACACUACAUGACUGACAAGGGCUCCAACGUGUACCUCGCUCCGGAGCUGCGCAAUGCAGCGAUGGAGCAGGCGCCCAUGGACGAGGAGAAGCGGCGCAUUGUGGAGCUGCGCAAGAAGAAGCAAGCGUUGGUUCAAAUGCAGUUGGCUGAACAAAAGGCGCUACUGCAGAAGCUCGAGGAGAAGGAUCUCACGCCGCAAGGCCGCAAGAGUAUCAUGACAAUGCUGGAGAAGCUAUCGACAGAUAUCAAGGGCGCGACAGAGAUGCUGAAGCGCGAUAUGGAGCCAUCCGAUGCUAUGGAUACCAAUGCUACAACCGAGGAACUCCAAGCGAAACUUGCGCACCUCAAACAGGAAGCUGCUGCGCUCGGCCUUGAUCCCUCUGGCCACCCAGCCAUGCGCGGUGGCUUCCGUGGGCGUGGGCGUGGGGGUAUGCGUGGCUUUGGCGCGCCUCGUGGCCGUGGCCGCGGUGCGCCUAUGAUGGCCAACCGCUCACUGACCCUCGACAACCGCACGACCAAGGUCGGCAUUAGCGGUUUGCCUGCGCAGUACGAUCCUGCGGCGCUGCAGGCGUACGUCCAACAGUUUGGCGAGUGUGAUGCGAUGGAGCAGGUGGGCCACGAUGUCAUCGUCACGUACAAGACACGCCUGAGUGCUGAGCGAGCGAUGCGCGCUGGCACAUCGAUCCCGAAUGUAGGCGACGCUACGUUUUCGUGGGUCGACGCGCCACCGGCCGCUGCUCCUUCUGCUGCCGCCGCAGCCCCUCCGACGUCGACCCAUGCGACGCUGGCCGACGCUGCAGCAGAGCUCGACGAGCAUGCGGAGCGCGAGAACUGGAAACGCUAA